AUGACAUUUUGGCACCAGAUCCGUGACUAUAAGCGCAAUGGAAGCAAGCAGGUUCAUACACAUAGAAAACUUCAGAGUUUUCCUUCUGACUCUGCUUCUGGUUCGUCCAGUGAUGGCCUUGCAGAUGAAGAUUCAGCGCUUGGUCGCGAUUUACUUGGGGCUAUUUGCGAAUCAGGAGCCAUGCUUUCUUAA